AUGAAUAAUACUGUGUUUGAAGUAACCAUAGUUUUUACAGCUUAUCAGUCAAUUGAUUCUGCUAAAAAUGCAUUUAUACUUGUUAUUUUUUUGGUAUAUGCUGCCACGGUUGUAGCAAGCACUGUUCUGAUGUUUAUUAUUUGCUCAGAAUCAAGUCUUCAUAAGCCAAUGUAUAUAUAUUUAUUCAAUCUGGUAUGCAUUGGACUAACUGGAAGCACCUCAGUUUGGCCAAAGGUUAUGUCAAACCUUUUUAAUGAGCAUCAGACAAGUUCAUACACCGGAUGUCUUCUUCAAGUGUUUCUUCUUAGUUUCUAUGCAGCUGGCACUUGUGUGGUUUUAACAGUCAUGGCCUAUGAUAGAUACGUAUCUAUCUGUAAACCGCUGCGGUAUCACAUUAUCAUGACACCACACAAAGUUAAGAAACUGUUAGCAAUCAGCAACCUUGUCCCUAUUUUUUCUGUGGCAGGUCAAAUAUUUCUGACCUCAAAAAUACCCUUAUGCAAAUAUACUCUUCAUAGACUGUUUUGUGAUAACCUCUCAGUUUCCAACCUCUCCUGUGGAAGUACUAGUGAACGCCUUUUGAGCAAUCUGUAUGGUAUGUUUGUUGUUAUUGUAUUGUUAGUUGUUGUCCCUGUAUGUCUGAUAUUAUUGUCAUAUGCCAAAAUCAUCUCUGUAAGCCUCAGAGUAUCAAAAGAUGCACGGAAGAAAGCACUUACUACAUGUACUCCUCAUUUGAUUGUAUUCAUAAACUUUUCCCUUGCAAGUCUUUUUUCAGUGAUAUAUAAUCGAAUUAAUCUUUAUUUGCCAAGUGAGAUGAAUAUAUUUGUGUCACUGCAGGUUGUUUUAGUUCCCCCACUCCUUCAUCCAGUAAUUUAUGGAAUCAGAACCAAAGAAAUCAGAAUGUCUUUUGUAAAAGCACUGAGAAGAAUGUCUCCGCUUGUCACUUCUCAUUAA